GGCCCCCGCAGCGCGCCGCCCUCGGAGCCUGCUCGGCCUGCCCCCAGCUCGGGCUGCCCAGGGCCCAGCCGUGGCCUCGGGCACGUGCAGGGUUGGGGCACGCACGGCUCUGGGCAGCGGUGCCGGGGCCGCGCUGCCUCUGGUGGGAUCCCAGGCUGAGUUUGCAGUUCAUCUCUCAAAAGGAAAUAGAGGCAACUGCUCUACCACCAAUUUCAGGAUGUGCCACAAAUUACUGGCAAUGACAAGAUCCCCCGGAAUUUUCUCUCCAGCUGGAGGACCAUCCCAGCUCUCUCCUUCUAGGAAAGAUGCACCCAUCCUCCCAGCAGCUUGGGUGGCCAUUCCCUGGGUCCAUUUCUCUGUGUUACUGGGGAGCCCAGGCCUGGACACUGUGGCCUCACCAGGGCUGAGUAGAGGAGAAUGGAAUGAUGACCUCGAGCUGCUGGCAGCAGUUCUCCUAACACAGCCCAGGGACGAGCGAUGGUCAGCAAGAGCUGAGGCGGAGGAGCUGUGCAGAGCCUCAGCCGCUCCCCACCAGCGCUUUCCAGCCCCGCGCUGUCCCCAGGUGAGGUCGGGCUGCUGCCCAGCAGUGGGGCCGAGUGCAGCGCUGUGUGGUCUCCAGCGCCCAGCUGCUCCUGUGGGACCCGGCUCAGCCAUUCCCCUCCUCAGUGUCCUGUGGUGGCCAGACCCAGAGGUGCCCAUUGGGCUCCCGGUGCCAGGAGAGGCUGCGGACUCACUGGCAGUGGGGCCUGGAGGGGCUGCACUGUGCCACGUGCCGUGGCAAAACAAUGUGGAACUGAUGGGGAGAUGUUCUUUCUCACUGCUGCAACCUCCCCUGGGGCCAGUGGGUCGAGGCAUCCUCCAAGGAGUGUGGCACAAGGCUCAGGAAGGUGGCUGUGAGCCAGCAGAACAGGGGCAGUUGGUCCUGGCAGCGGCCCAGCGCUGGCUGCAGUCCCUGCAGAAGGUGUGCCUGCAUGGGACAGUGUGGGCCGCAUCGGCCAGUGAGCAGAGAUGGAUGGAGCACAGCUCCUCCUCACGGGCCUCUGCCAACUGCACCUGUGCCUCCUGGCUGCAGCUGUCCCAGUGGAGCUGCUCCGAGGACGGACUUGCUAGUGGCUGCCUCUCGCAGAGCAGUCAGCGGCCUCCAGCCCUCUCGUUAUGUUGCUGCUAGAGACAGACACUCCAUUGCCACUGGCAGGAACUCUGACAUCUGUUAUUCCUCAAGCAGGAUCCUUGGUCACUUGCAAUCCACUCGCAGGACCUUGACAUCUCACCUACUGCUGGCAAGACCUCGACAUCUUGUGUUCCGACAGGGGAAGAAAUCAAUGCCUUGAGAGAUGCCAGCAGGACUUGAUGCAGGCAAGGUGCUUGGGGUAUCUAUAGCUUCCUACUCCACUGUGAGGUCAUGGGGUGACAGUGGCUCUCCCGUGGUACUGAAGGAUGUAGAUUUCUUUUCUGGUAGUUGUCACAUUAAUGUUUUUGACAUUUGCCUGCCAGAAUCCACCCAAUGACUUUCACUGGUACAGUUUCACAAAUAUUGA